GUGCGGCACUCACGAGCCAGCUAGACCUGCGUAAUUUCCAGUUGCAUUGCUCCAUAUCAUCAUCAUCAUCAUCAUCAUCAUCAUCAUCAUCAUCUUUAGUGUCCUUCUCAAAUCACCAUCUUCAUUGUCUGCAUUGUCAGCUCUUGUUCUGAGUGAAGAUGUACCUGGAGAAUAAAAGUAAUAUAGAGGUGGAAAUGUCUCAAACCGGAGGUCAGGGUCACCCCAGUAGGGCAGGCCGCAGAAAGUCGGAGUCUGUGGAUGGCAACUUUGAUGAACUUCGUCUGCUGGAGGGCUUCACUGGGAAAAGAGAGACACAGAAAUUGCUGCAGGCCGCAGCCAUGCCACCAGGACAUUGUAUAAUCUACACAGACACCAGUCAAGAAGAUAGGCACAGCUUCAGCAUGGUAAACCUCCCCAAAGGCAAAUCCACUCAGGCCAACCACACGGAACGGUCACCCCUUCUCAAGUUUCCCCAGAAUGACAGCAUAACCUACAUGACCCUGCAUGACCCCAACCUAGGGCCUGGAGAGGAGUCAUGGGAGGCAAGCUCUGCUGAAUUGGAGAGGAGAUGCAGGUUGGGCAGUGAGGUGACCAGUCUCUCCCACAUUACAUCGAUGGAGAAAUAUGAAAAUUAUUUCAGACUUUCUUCCCCCAUCAGGUACUGCUUGGGAACAAUGAAACUCAUCACCAUCUUCGUCAUUGUUGUUCUCUGUUCACUGUUUUUCAGCAUGUAUCCUGAUAGGGAGAGCCCCUGGAGGAUGCUGGCAGUCUCAUCCACCGAGAGCUUCUCCAUGAACCUGACUGAUUUUCGUGACAACGCCCUGCUGAAACUGCAGGUUGGUGGGCCAUUUUUGAGUGGGAUGGAGGAAAUACAGGAAGCCCAAGAGUACAUUCUCAUCCAGGUGGAGCAGACUGAGGAGGCGGGGCCUCGACGGAGACGAACUCAACAGGUGCUGUAUAACUGGACUAUACCUUUGCAUUCCCAAAGAAGUGACCAAAUUCUGAGAACAAGGACAUUUGAGAUGGUUAGCAGUGCUCCUAUUCUGAUCAGCGUCCAGGGCUUUCUGUUGGACAAUCAGGUGGUCCCUCUGUCCAUGACUCACCAGUUCCUCUAUGUAACCGUGGAAACACAGGUGCUUAUCGCUGGAUUGGUUCUGGCAGGAGUCUAUGUCCUCAUCAUCUUUGAGAUUGUUCACCGAACUCUUGCUGCCAUGUUAGGGUCCCUGGCUGCCCUAGCAGCACUUGCUUUCAUUGGAGAUAGGCCAAGUCUAAUGACUGUUGUGGAAUGGAUUGACUAUGAGACACUUGCCUUGCUGUUUGGAAUGAUGAUACUGGUGGCAAUAUUCUCAGAGACUGGUUUCUUUGAUUACUGUGCAGUAAAGGCGUAUCAGUUAUCGAGAGGAAAAGUAUGGCCCAUGAUUUUCAUUCUCUGCCUCAUAGCAGCCAUUCUGUCAGCCUUCCUGGAUAACGUGACCACUAUGAUGCUCUUCACCCCUGUUACAAUCAGAUUAUGUGAGGCGCUUAAUCUGGACCCCAGGCAUGUCCUGAUUGCCGAAGUAAUCUUCACCAACAUUGGAGGAGCCGCCACUGCAGUUGGAGAUCCCCCCAAUGUCAUCAUCGUAUCCAACCAGGAUCUGCGUAGAAAAGGGAUUGACUUUGCGGGCUUUACGGGCUACAUGUUCCUGGGAAUCUGCCUGGUGCUGCUGACCUCAUUUCCUUUCCUCAGAAUGCUUUACUGGAACAAGAAGCUAUACAACAAGGAAUCCAUUGAGAUUGUGGAACUGAAGCAUGAGAUUCUGGUAUGGAGGCAGACAGCCCAUCGCAUAAACCCUGCCAGCCGAGAGGAGACUGCCGUCAAGUGUCUUCUCAUGCAGAAGGUGCUCAAUCUGGAAAGUCUCUUGCGCAAGCAGCUCAAGACCUUCCAGAGGCAAAUAUCACAGGAAGACAAAAACUGGGAGAAUAACAUUCAAGAGCUGCAGAAAAAGCACAGAAUAACUGACAAAGUCCUCCUGGUGAAGUGUUUGUCUGUCCUGGGGGUGGUCAUCUUCAUGUUCUUCCUGAACUCCUUUGUUCCAGCCAUACAUCUGGAUCUGGGUUGGAUCGCUAUCUUGGGGGCUCUGUGGUUGUUGGUGCUGGCUGACAUUCAAGACUUUGAGAUCAUACUUCACAGAGUGGAAUGGGCCACAUUGUUGUUCUUUGCUGCACUAUUUGUACUGAUGGAGGCCCUUGCACAGCUGCAGCUUAUCGACUACAUUGGAGAGCAGACAUCAGUGCUGAUAAAAGCUGUGCCAGAGGAUGAGCGCUUGGCCAUUGCCAUCAUUUUGGUCAUGUGGGUCUCAGCGCUGGCCUCUUCUCUCAUUGACAACAUCCCCUUCACUGCCACUAUGAUUCCUGUGCUUAUAAACCUCAGUCAAGAUGCAGAUGUCAACUUGCCUAUCAAACCUCUCAUCUUCGCGUUGGCAAUGGGAGCUUGUCUUGGAGGAAAUGGGACACUGAUUGGAGCAUCUGCUAAUGUGGUGUGCGCUGGGAUUGCUGAACAGCAUGGCUAUGGAUUUUCUUUCAUGGAGUUCUUCAGGUUGGGGUUUCCCAUGAUGUUGAUGACCUGCACAAUAGGCAUGUGUUACCUGCUCGCAACUCACAUCGGACUGCACUGGAACACCUAAGUGUGCCCUCCAAACCAGGCACAAAAAGAGACUGUUUGUGUCUGUGUAUAAGUGUGGAUGUGUUUGUGUGGUUUGAAUUACACCUUGAUUCUUCUGGGACAGAUUGAUGACGACUUAGUCUUCAUAGACCUGAUCCACCCUGAAAGAUAAAGCUUUAGAUUCAGGUACAGAGAAGAUAAAACAUGGGAACAUCUGAUCAUCUACUGUAUUCUUAUAGGCUUUCGUCAGUGUAUCACACUGCUUCAUGGUGCUACUUCUACUUUGUGUGAAUGUUACUGAUCUGGCGAGUGAGAGUUGUUUAGAAAGCCUGUUUAUAUUUGCCAAAAAAGCAGCUAUUCCAGAGGAUCUUUUUUUCUUCUUUUUUUUUUUUAAACAAUGUGGAGGUCUGCUUAUGUUCUUUAAUGAGAGCCACAACAGUAUGUUUAUGGAUGAACAGUUUGAAAUACAGUAUAUUCAUUUGUGAGGCAUCUUCUGAAAGGGAUCCUCUUGGCCAAAAAUAAACGUUGAAA